AUGGGUUGUAAAGGCAAUUGCAAUCGUUACGGAUUUAUUGUACUGGUAUAUGUUGUACUUGGUGUGGUAUAUUUGGCACUUGGCAACACUGCUGAAGAGUAUACUCCAUCAGGCUUACGAGGUGUACUACAAGCGUUCGCAAUAGUUCACUUUCUAUCAAUACUCUUUUGCUAUUUCAACCGAAAAUAUAUCUUUGGUUACAAAGAAAUUAUAUCGUAUGUGAGUUCUUGGACAGAAACAACAAAGUAUUACGGAGGACGAACAGAGACCAAAACUUAUAGCAGUAUAGAUUUUGAAAGAUGGAGUAUCCGUAAGAUCACAAUUUUCGUGUCAUGAAACUUAUGCGCAAGACUUUUGUACUCCGAUACUUUCGCGCAGUGACAUUUCCGUAUACGCUACUAUUGAUGGAUAUACCGAGACUCUCGGUCUCGGUCAGUCUCAGCCUUGGUAUCAAUAAAUGUUGGUAAGGAUGUACCGAGACUGAAGAUUUACUAACACAGAUGGGAAUGUUUUUCCUCCAAGAACCCCCAAAACUCGACGAGAUUUUUAUUCAGAGUUGCUCAGCUUGGCCUCAGCUAGCUAUGUGUACAAUCUGAAAGAAGAAUCACGAAAGUGAAAGAUCAUGUCUUAGGCAGUCUCUGUCGGAGAAUGGAACAAAUUAAAAUUUCGACUGGACUGACCGAGACUUAACCUUUCACUUUCGUGAUCCGUCUGUCCGAUUGUACACAUAGCUAGCAGAGGCUACCGAGGAAAGUUCCCCAAGUGAUCAAUCGCUUUUUCAUGGAAACAAACAUGACUGUAUGCAGUUCAAUGCGCCGAUUCUGAAUACCAGGGUUUUAGCAGCCUCCAUAUCUUUCCCGGUUCCGCGUCAUUACUCUAACCCUCUUCUGAUAGGAGUAUUUCUCAUCAAAUUCAAUCUUUUAAUCAGUCUAUCCACGGAAAACCUUUUUAUAGACACUUCAACCUUAAGGUUCCAAAUACUAAGCUAUAAAGCAGAGAAGCAACUCAUCUAUUAACUACAAACUGUCAUCUGACGUUUCUUUUCGUUUUCUUAUCAUAUAUUCACAAAUUAAUUAUAACUGUGAUAUAUUCAGUACAGUAUAUAUCAAUGGAAGAAAUAGAAAACACGCAUGCUAAUUACUCAACAUAUGUAUAAAAUAUUGACACUGUAAGAACAUACUUCCAAGACAAUUGGUGAAUUGAGCGAGAUUAUAUAAUUCAAUACAUAAGAUACAAUUUUUUCUUUAUCCUUUCAUUAUGAGAAAAAUAUUAACCCCAAAAGGGAGCUUUUGGAAAUUUAGUCUUUUUCUGUCAUACAGUCCAUCUUAGCAUUUGAAACUUAAGGUUGAAGUGUCUAUAAAAGAGUAUUCCAUGGAUCUUUUGUCUAGUGAUACAUGAUAGACUUAUUUAAAGAUUGAAUUUGAUGAGAAACACCCCUAUCAGAAGAGGGCCCAGAGUAAUAAUAACACAGAGCCUAGAAAGGUCUAAGGGCCGCUAAGGUCUUAAUAUUCGAAAUCAGCAAAGUGAACUACAUAUAGUCAUGUAUGUUUCUACAAAAAAAGCAAUUGAUUACUUGGGGGAACUUUCCUUGUGAAUUGAACAAUUCUGAAUAAAAAUCUCGCAGUUUUGGGAUUCUUGGUAGAAAAUAUUCUCAUCUUUGUCGGUGAAUCUUCAAUCUCGACACACCUCUAACCGAGACUGAAGAUUCACUGACGAACAUUAAUAUUUUUCUCUGCGAAGAACCUACGAGACUUAUUGAGACUUUUAAUGCGAACUACUCAUCCAAGUUUCAUCCUACUGCCCGUACAACGGGCCAAACCAAUCAGAGAGAAAAAUGUUCACGUCUCGGUCAGUCUAGGAACUUACCGAGCCUUAACAUUUUCUGAUAAAGAUGAGGAUUUCUCGCGUCCAACAAUCUCCGAAACUCCACGAGAUUGUUAUUGAGAAGUGCUCAGCUUGCUUUCAUCUAGCUGAGCAUACAACUGAACAGACCGAUCACCAAGAGAAAAGACCAACUCUUGGUCAAUUUCGGUCAAAAUUUUAGGUUUCUCAAUUUUUUGAGCAUGACCUAUCGAGACUCGGCCUUUUAUUUUUGUGAUCAGUCUCUCGAAUCGAAAGUACAACAAAGAUAAAAUCAAGCUGAGCAAUUCUCAAUAAAAAUCUCCUACAAUCUCUAGGGUUCUUCGAAGCGGAAAAUACCCAUCUUUAUCAGAGUACGUUGCGUCUUGGUUAAGGAUGUACCGAGUCUAAAGAUUCUCUAACAAAGAUGAGACUUUUUCUCUGCCAAGAACUCCUGAGGCUAGAGACCUGCACGGAGUCGUUUUCGGAGUCGUCAUCGGAGUCAAUU